UCAUUUUGCGAGUCGUAUUCCCCUCGAACGGCAAGAAUUAAGGGACGCGUGUGUACACAAAAACAUUUGGUGCGUUUAGUUUGUGCGAAAGUUAUGGACGAGAAUGGACGAUCGUGAAGCGGUGGGCCACGGUGGAGUGCGAUGAGAAUUGUCGAAUCCGUGAAAAAAAUUUGUAUUCGCGAGAGAACAGGAGAAAAACUCGAAGGGAGAUUCGAAGCAACGGAAAUCGAGCGCGAGAGGAUUCAAUUUUCCUUGGAGACGCAAUUCGCAACACGAGAACGCGCCAGAGAACGACAAAAAGAAAGAAGAUUUGGUAGACGUCAGAGUCGUCGAGUGCAAUGCCAACAAUGUUCUUCCCAGCAAAAUGUCUUUCAACUUCUUCAAGAAUAUCAAAAAGUACAUCCAAGCCAAGAAAUUAGCAAUAUGUAAAUCAAAUAAAAAUGGGAACAAGGUUCAGGUGUCUAAUUUGGAAAAGGAUACAAGCUGUGAUUCGUUGAUGAUUUGGUAUGACAGACCUACGAUUUCUACAGAAAAGGGUCAUACAUCUGAAUUUAGAUGCGAAAAUACUGCCGAUACUUCUGAGUGUCUAAGUAACAGCAAUACUUCGAUUGCCAGUGAAGAGUCUUUGCAAAAUGAAGUAUUACUAGAGAAUCUAGAUAAAACGUUAGAAUAUUGCUCAGAUGUUGCACAAAGAUUAGAAGCGGUUGAUGCGCGUGCUAUUAAUGAGUGCCGAACAGACAAUUAUUAUGAAAAUGUUCCUAGCAUAUGUUGGCCAUUUUCCGCCAACAGUGGACAAGAAUUAGUAUGCGAUACUACGAUAGCAAAUGUACUAACGGAACAUCGGAUUGAAAACAUCCAGAGAAAUGCAGAAAUUAACGAGACGAUAAAUAACGAUAACAAAGUGAAAGCGAGCCUUACCAAGGAGUUGCUUAAAUUAAGCCAUAACGGAUGGUAUUGGGGUCCGAUAUCGGGAAGCGAAGCUGACUCUAAACUGAUAUCCGAACCUGAUGGUGCAUUUUUAGUCAGAGACUCUUCAGACGACAGAUACGUCCUGACGCUUAGUUUUAAAUCUUCUGGUAAGGUACUCCAUGCUCGCAUGGAGCAUAGCGGUGGAUUAUUUUCUCUGUGUAACCAAAGCGAAAGCGAAGGAUUCAGCUCGGUAGCCGAUUUAAUCGACUAUUCGAUGAAUUUUAGCCAGUCGGGAGUGUUUUGUUAUUCGAGACCAAAGUAUCCUGGUCAUCCAGCUUUCCCAGUCAGAUUAACAAAGCCAGUAAGCAGGUUUAUGCAAGUUCGAAGUUUGCAAUAUCUUUGCCGUUUCGUAAUACGUCAGAAUAUGAGAUUGGACAAUAUUCAUAAAUUGCCUAUACCAAAAGCUAUUAAAAGCUAUAUAGAGGAAGCACAUUAUUAAUAAGAAAUUUAAAUAAACUAAAAAGAAAGUACCUUUUAUAAAAUACUUAUACUAAUGCAAAUCGUACUAUAAGACGAAUCAUGCAAAUGUGAAAGUCUAGAAAUUGUUCUAGUAUUAAAGUAUAGUCUUUGCAAAAAGAUAUAAUUUUUUAUUACAAGUAACAAAUAAUAAGAGCAUUUUUAAAACAAAUUUCUUUGAAUAUAAAGGUAGAGUCCAUAUCUUGCAUGAAUCAUUUCAUCGUAAAGUACGUUAUAUUUUUUAACGUAAUAUUAAUCAAUUUGUGAGGUACUUGGCUGUGUAAACAUAUUUUUUAUUAUAAAAUAAUUU